UAGAGGAAUUUCGUUCAACCACCAUAUUUUAAAAACAAUUUCAUUUUAAAGCAACACAACGGCGUCUUUUACGCGCGUUCAAAUAAAUUUGUUUAAAUUGUAUUAAUUACCAAUCGAUAAAAUGUCUAAUGUCUCCACGAAAAAGAUCUUCAUUCAAAUUGAAUCCGCAGCCGAACAACAGGAGAAUUUAAAGAAUCAGCGCAAGACCUUUAAGGUGCUGCAGCCAGGUGGAAUCGCCAGUGACAAAGAAAACUUGGCUGGGCGUCCACAAAUUGACAAACUGAGCCGCCUCAAAGCCGCUACUGAGGCCUCUUUGGCUUCCACAGAUUUACCAAAACGCAAAAAGGUUGAGACGCGUGCUUCGGAAACUCAGACUAGCCCACAAAAAAAUGUCAGGGGUGCAGAAAAAACUACAAUAACAGGUGAAGACCUAACUAGCGAAGAGAACCCCGGUGAGCUAUAUUGGGAACAUUUAGCAGAGAAACGGCGUGAAGCUUUAGAAGAGACGCUGAAAGAAAAUCAACAUUUGCAUGAACGAAUUGAGGGUUUAGAGGCAGAAUUGGACACAUCUCGUCAAAUGUUGGAGGAGGCGCGUAAUUUAGUCGAAGUAUUGACGGAGAUGUUAAACGAAAAUGAAGCUGAACGUGAAAUUGAAAGUGACGGUGGUGUUGUAGGCGGUGAAGAACAUGGAGGAACUGCUGGCAAUAUACUGGCUGAUGAUGACAACAGCAAUACGUCCAAAUCGAGUGCCGAAGCACCAUUACCCAGUGCAGAGCAUGAAAGAUUGGAGCACUCUCGCACACCUUAAACAAGUACAAUCUACAGGAGAAGGCUGAAUGUUUAGCUUUACUUUAUUAGCUCAAUUGGAGUCGUCUCGCUCAACGUACUAAUUUACAAGUUUAUUACUAUAUAGCUAUAUUACCUUAAAUACGUUAGUUUAUUUAAACAUUUUUGUAUUAAUAAUUUUACCCGACAAGUACGCACCAAAGCAAAACGACGGGAUGCCGCUGCCCAGUAUCGGUGCUCCAGUGCAGUACAAAAUACUUAUUAAUCCUCACAUUUAUUACAACUUUUUUUAUUUGUAAUUAAAACCCAAACGUUCAACUGUUUAAAUAAUUGAUUUUUAUGUUUGCCCGGUGUUAGUUACGGAUUUGAAAUGAAAAUGCAUUAUUUACAUCUAUUUCCUUUUAGGAUUAAUAAUUGCGUUCGAAUGCU